AACUCGACGCACUCUUUCCCGCAACGAAUGGAGGUCUCAAUGGAAUGGAACAUAAUUUGUCGGAUUUGCUUAAAAGAAGGCGACAUGCACUCAAUUUUCGACAGAGACGAGGAUGGUUUACUGAUCGCUGACAAAAUUAUGUCAUGCUCGAACUUGGAGAUAUCCCAAGGACAAAAUCUACCAGAGCAGAUAUGUAUGAACUGCCUUUCUGAACUGAAGACGGCUUAUCAUUUCCGAAGUAAUUGUGAAAAUUCCAAUACCGUCUUGGAAGCAUUCACCAAAGGCGAUAUUGUGAAAGACUUAGUGGUGUGUUCAGUAAAAGGCAAAGUGUAUGAAUACAAGCCUCCUGAAGGUCUAGAUAUAAAGCGCAUUCGCAAAAGUGCAACACCUCCCCCUUCGGAAGCGUCAGAGAAAAAAGAAACAUUUGAAGAACUCAUGACAAUAUCGAAGCUUGAAAUGGAUGAGGAAGAUAUCAUAACAGAAGAACUGGAAGAAACCGAAAAUGAAAAGAAUGGUAAUUUAACACAUUAUGAAAUAUCCAUAUUAGGUGAGGAAACAUCCUCAGAGAAUCCAGUCAUUGUAACAGUUCCAAAAAAUACCGCCAGAAAAAACGGUAAUUCGAAAAGAAACACCGCCAAGCAGGCACGAGCUAAAGGCGAGAAGCCAUUAUAUAUCUGCGAACUUUGUGGCAACAUCUUUAAACAUAAUCACGCACUUGAAACACAUAUGCGUCGUCAUAGAAAAGAAAAACCAUUUUCCUGCGAAAUUUGCGGCCGCGGUUUCGUAUUAAAUGUUGAGCUCACAUGCCAUAUGCGAACACAUACUGGACAAAAGCCCUAUGCAUGCCGUUAUUGUGACCGUCGCUUUUCCGACUUCGGUAGUAGGAUAAAGCACGAAAGGAGUCAUACGGGAGAGCGACCAUACUCGUGCGGGACUUGUGGUAAAGCAUUUGCAUAUUCCUAUGGUUUGUCCAGUCAUAUGUUAACACACACAGGGGAAAAACCAGAGAAAUGUGAAAAAUGCGGCAAAAGAUUUACAAAGAAGCAUCACUUGACCAAUCAUUUGAAGACCCAUUUGAAACAGGAACUCGCUCUGAAGAAAACACAACAGAUGGCAGAGCAAGCUCAGCAAGUAGAAGAUAGUCAAAAUAAUUUACUUACAAUUCUACAAUCUGAUGUUAAUAUGGAUCAAUAUGUUGAGGAGGUAACGAUGAUCGAUGGCGAGGAGAAUACUCAAUUUGAAGAAUUCGAAGGGAAACCUACGAUUAUUUUUUAUCCCGAUGUGCAGAAUUUAUAAGAGCUCGCAAUGAGCGAAUGUUGUACAUACUUCUUCAGUGUAAAUUGUCUUUUUUAUAGAGAAUUAAGUCUAUUUGGUUUAAUGAAAAGUUUUUGAUCUAAAACUUUGAAUCAAUUAAUUUGUCUUCGUAGUAGAACGGAUGGUCUAUUAAGCAAAUUAAUUCCAUCAAUUAAUUUUAGUUUUUACAGAGAAAAACAUUUACAGAGAACCACAUUUUUAUUGAAUGAAAAAGACUUAAAGUAGAGUUACUUAACGUAGGAAAGAGUGAACCUUAACAGAUAGCCUGAAAAUAAAAACUUAUUAAUGGAGGAAAUUUCAAAAAACCUCCAACACUUUGAGGAUUCCGCUUGUUCGAGAAACAGA